AAGAUUAAAUGUUUAUACAGACAGAUAAUCACACUAAAUCUGAAGAUCUUAUCACAAUUAUUUAUAACUUUCUCAGAAGUAUACACAUCAUCUGAGACUGCUGCAUAUAAUAAGAAUUCAAACUUGAGAUAUACUAAGCUGAGAGAUCUACUGAAGAAUUCUCUGAGUGAAAAUCUUGAUAUCACAAGCAUCAAGCUUGCUUCAACUGCAGAUGCUAAAAUCAUGAU